AUGAGUUUCUUCAAGCACCUCAAGGACAAGUUCAGUGAACAUCACCACAGUUCCUUGUCAACCUCGAGCCACUCAGCCCCUCCUCAAUGGACUCCUGCUCCGGAGAUAUCCCACAAGUAUGGUAGAUGGAACGAGGCCUCAGGAGAGGAGUACAACGCCGCAGAGCAAUUUUGCCAGGAAUACCCACCUCAGCUUCCCCAACUUCUUCCCUCCAACGCAGUUGAAAGAAUCGAUGAAAUUGGGUGCAAAGCAUGGGGAAUAGAAUAUCCCAUUUCGCCCCGUUUCGUUGGAAACAUAAAGAACGAUUCUAAGGGCGGCCCAGGUGUCAUCACCGUACAGACGGGCUCGGACUGCAAGGAUGUGACCCUGCUAAGCGAUCUACCCAUCAUGGCGGGUCUUUACGACAUCCACGGCAAAACGGGCGUGUACUUUGAAAUCCUCAUUCGUAAGAUGGAAGGAAUCAUAGCCAUCGGAACGUCAUGUCGCCCUUAUCCUGCCUGGCGACUUCCAGGCUGGAAUAGACUCAGCGCAGGUUUCCAUCUCGAUGAUUUCCGCAAGUUCUUUGAGGAUGGCGAUGGUGGGCGGGACUACACAGACGCCAUUGGGCGGAUCAAUGAUGGCGAUACCAUUGGAUGUGGAUAUGAAUUCGGCACUGGAGUGCUUUUCUACACUUACAACGGCAUGCGUCUCCCGAACGCUUUCACUGGAAUAUAUAUGCCGCGACAACAGUAUGAUGUCUUCGCCGCGAUAGGUGUCGAAGGCGUUUGUGACUUUCAGGUUAACUUCGGAGGUGAUCACUUCAGAUGGAAGGAAGGCAAUGAGUGGGCUUGGAGGGUUGAAGGUCACGUUGGGAAAUUGAACGGGAGUUCCAGUGCCUUUGACGAGGAUCUCCCGUCAUACGAAACUCAAGUUCGAUAUCAAUGA